AUGAUUAAACGACUAAAAUUUAAUACAGAGUAGAUUAGAAGGGCAUCGACUGUACUGUAGAAAAUCGAUCUGAGGAUGAGUCAAAGGGAUUUUUCUAAUUAUCAAGACAUCAUAGAUAUAAUGAUUUUUAUACUUCUGAAGCCAUGUGAACUGAGAUUAUAAGCAGAUGUUGAACUGCUAAAAUAGGCCACACGAUCUCUUGAUUUUUUUGCGAAUUUGGGUUCCGAUCUUUUGCAUGAAUAAUGUUGUAGGAAUCUUAGACACAAGUAUAUUCCAUUAGGACACUUUGUUUUUAAAGAAGGAGAAAAAGGAGACAAUUUCUACUUUAUCAUAAGUGGUCGUGUGUCAGUGUUGAAGGAUUUCAAUCCAUCUGAUCCACAAGCCUCGAUAUUCGAUAAUGAGAUAAAACAAUUGACGAAUUUCGAGACUUUUGGAGAACGAGCCAUGGAUUCUGAUGCACUCAGAACAGCCUCUGUCAGAGCUAUAGAGAACACCCAUCUCGCAUAUUUGAAUAAGGAGAGUUAUUAAAUUAUAGCUAAGAGUGUCAAAAAUCAAUUAAAGAAAGCUUAUUUCGAAGAAUUUGCAAAUCUAGAUUUCUUCCACAACUGGAGAUUUCAGGAUAUCAAGGUAUUUUAUGAUAGGGCUUAUGUAAAACGAUAUGCAAUGAAUGCCACUGUGUACAAGGAGGGGGAUCCAUUAGACUACGUAUACAUCAUUAAAAAGGGGGAGUUCAAGAUAGUCAAAAUAAUAAAGACAUCGACCAUAGACUUGAAUGAGAUGUUCAAGGGCGAUUUCGAGAAGAUUUUGUGUGGAAUGAGCACUCCGAAGACCUACACAAUCUCAGAAAGAUUAGAGGCUCGGUUUUAAAGAAAGAAAUAUGGCAAUAUCUAUUAUUUGGAGAAGAAGAAACCUGUGACUAUCAAAUAUAUAACUGCAGGAUAGAUGUUUGGAGAAAUGGAAUUCUUAAUGCAAAAUAAUAAUGUAAGAACACACUCAGUCUAUUCAGUUACUGAUCAAUCAGAACUCUACAUGGUUAAGAGGGAAUGUUUUGAAACCAUAUUGGACAAGGUUCCAUCCAUCAAAAAUGCUUUGAUUUAGUUGUCUGAAUAGAAGAACAAUAAUUUUAUGAGAUAACUGUUACAAUAUGAGAAACAUUUUAAUGAUUUAACUGAAGUAAAAAAAGACUUGGAGAGAAAUAUUAAUUUGGAUUUUUUAUAAUUGGGAAGCACUGAAAAAAGAUUGCCUUCUCCAGUCUUGCAAUAAAUUAGAUCUUCACAACCUGUAGUUAAAAAAGUAUUGAAAAUCCCUAAAAUUGAAAGAGAAGUUUAAAGGAUAGAGACUAAAAAGAAAUUUUUAAUGCGAAGAAGAAAAACAAGUGCGUUCAAAAUACAUGAUAGUAACUCUGAAAUGGAUGGCAGCCAAUAUAACUUUAUUAGUUCAAUUAAAUGA